UCAAAGCUCAGCGACGAGAACGUUCCGAGUACACUCCGUUCGCCUCAUAUAAGGUCUGGUCCCAGAUUGAUUAUAAUCGAGUAGCUGCCAGUUGGGUUAGCGUUUAGAUACUCACCUGCUGUCAUCAUGAACGGCACGCUUGCCUUUUGCUGCGGCUUGCUGGCAAUUUGUUUUAUAAACGGUGUCGUCGCAGUUGAGUACUUCACGGAGAAGCCAUCGUUUUUGCCAUCGUGUCGCAUCUAUGAGCCGGGUUUUACCAAUUGCUCCACGCACAGCAUACAGAAGCUAUUGGAUCAGCUGAGCAUUGGCAUACCGGAGAUAGUGGCCAGUAUCGGGCCAUACGAUCCCAUGCAUGUGAGGGAUAUUCAUUUCAAACAGGAUAACAACCAAGUGGCCACCAUAAGUGCCAAUCUGACUGAGGUGAUCGUUAAGGGUUUUAGCAGCGCCAAGAUCAAAGAAAGCCGUGUUAGCAAAAAGGACUUUAGCUGGAGAACCAAAAUCUUUCUGCCCAAAAUGCGGCUGGAUGCCAAGUAUCAGAUGGCUGGCCGCAUACUUUUAAUACCACUUAGUGGUGCAGGCAAUAUGUUCCUAGAGUUGGAGAACCUCGACAUACUGCUGCGCACCAAGACGCUGCUGUACGAGAAGGGUGGCUUCACCUUCGACAAUGUGACUUCCGUCCGGGUGGAGCUGAAUAUGACCCGUGUACGCAGCAAUUUCGAUAAUCUGUUCAAUGGACGCAGCAAAGAGGUGGAGCGCAGCACGAAUCAGUUUUUUAACGACAACUGGCGCGAGUCCUACGAGGCAUUGAAGCCGCUUAUUCUCGAAACUGUAGAGAGCAUAUUCUUUGAUAUAAUGUCAAAGGUUUUCCACCUGAUACCGGCUAAUUUCUUUGUUGAGGAUAUUCCUACGCCGCAGCAGCUAUAUGGCAAAGUGGGUGAUGAAUCAUAAAUAAUGAACAGGCUAC